GCGUUUUGAUUCCUCUUUCCCUUUCUAUAAAACCUAACCUCCCCCUUUAUUUCUCACCUUCUUUGCCAUAUCCCUUUUUUUAUGCACCUUUUUUCUUUUCUUCCCAUUUUCGUCGAUCAACCUCUCCGCCCAGCUAAGAUUGUUUCCUUUCUUUCUUCUUUAAUCGCUCCUUAUUUUGAGUCUUGACAAAAUUGUGUCUCUUACAAAUUAAUUACAAUCAGAUCUGCUUCUUCAGAUCUAGGGUUUCCUAGUCCCUUUAUUACGAACCGAUUGGAUUUGAGUUUUAGGAUGAGAGCAUAGGGCUUUAGCAAAACACACCAAUGUUUUCCGAAUUUAUAUGACCAUGCGUCGAAUUCGUCUGCUGCACUCCUUCUCAGUGGUGUUUCUGUACUGGUUCUACGUUUUCUCAUGAACUUCCUCUCAAUUCCUUGAUCUCCUCGUAGUUCAUCCUUUGUUCUUUAUAUUGUUUCUUAAUAAUUAGAUCUGCGAAUUCUGUUUCCAUUAUUUUAUUUCUGUUAUAUUUAUAUUCUGCUCGCAAAUCGAAUCGCCUUCGAGUUAAACAAGGGAAAUGGCUUCAAUUCAACGUCUGUCGAGUUCUGGAUCCGAAGGGGGAGAUCCGCAAAUCGAUGAGAGGAAAAGGAAGAGGAUGCUGUCGAACCGUGAAUCCGCGAGGCGAUCGCGGAUGAGGAAGCAGAAGCAGAUGGAGGAUCUGGCUGAUGACGUCAGCAGAUUGCAAGGUGAGAACAAGAAGCUGGUGGAGAGCAUAAAGACCAACGAAGAAGCAUUCAUUGAGAUCGAAGCCGCUAACAGCAUCCUGAGGGCUCAGACUAUGGAAUUGGCCGAUCGAUUGCGCUUUCUUAACUCCAUCCUUGAAAUCGCUGAAGAAGUCAGCGGAUUCUCUGUCGAAAUCCCUGCGAUACCAGAUCCUCUCCUCAAACCGUGGCACAUUUCUCGCCAGACACAGCCGAUAGGCAUGUUCCUGCAUUGAUCCGAGGCUUUCUCUGUUAUUUGGCAUCGAGUUCCUCUUGGUCUCUGGCGGUGGAUUUCACUAGUUCAAUUACCGUUGUAGGGUUCCCGUUAGUGUUAUGAAUAAUGGGGGAACUUCUCGGGGUUGUCCUGUUUUGUGUUAUCUUAGCAUUUGUAAGAUUAUGUGUCUAUGCUUUGUUUGUUGAUGUAAAGGUAAUUAUUAUUUUAAGUAUGGUGCACCAAAUGCAUAUCUUAAGAUGAUAGAUUAUUUGUCAGACAACUUGUUCAAAACUUUGUUAGGAUGAUUAUAAAAGUUUUUGAGUUUGUGCAAACAAAUCAAUGU